AUGAACGCCGACCCUGCCUCAGCUUCUUCAGCGCCCUCGGGUGUCCGCAAGCGUGGGAAGAGGGGUAAGUACUCGAGAUGGAAGAACGAAGAAGAGAGACUCUUCAGGCUGCGGACUCAAUACCCUACUAUGACGUGGAAGGAGUUUCAUCGGAGAUUCUACAGCCAUUACACUCCGAGCCCUGGAGUCAUAUCGUCGAAAUAUAAUCAUUUAUUGAAAGCUGGCUUUACGCUCCCAGAGCCGGUAUUCCCACCAAGAGACUAUACUCCCACGCCAAGUGGUAAUUCCAUAUAUAGCGAUGAUGAUGCUGCCACGCACAUAUCCUUUGAAGCGAACAGCCCUAGCGGCCAGAGAUUAGAUUAUUUUGAGAGGCAUUCAGCUAGUGAAUCAAAACUAAGGAAUCAAGCGGCUCUUCCUAUGAAGAGUUAUCAUAGACCUGGGCCUGUGGACACCGACAGCGACUUUUCAGAUACGGGCCCGAGGAAUGGCAGGAAUCGACCGCUACGAAAACCUCGGAGUGGCGGUUUUGUUACCAUCAAUGGGGGGUCAGAGACGUCCAACGCGGAGAAAUUGAAGAUCGAGAAGCAACUAAAAGACGUCGAAGUUGUUGCUAGAGAGAUCAAGGCUGCCUGGGAAGACGUCCGUCUAGCGAUUCGCGAUGUCAUGUUCGUCGAGCAGUGGGACAGAGGUGGAAUGGGACCCAAAACAUCUGCGCUCGAGAGUACAAUUGACAGGCUCAUCGAGAAAUCAGCGACCAGCGAGCCUGCCACUUCGACGAACACCUAAAUAUCUAUAUAUAUUGAUACCAUUGUAACUAGUUUUUCCUGUUCGUUUACUCGCUCUUGUAGUUAACAGUCAACCAAAUCCUUUGGUCAAAUAGCUACCAAAUACCAAUCAAAUUCUGUAC